UUUUAUACAUUGAAAGCCUUAACAUUUUACGCGUCUUUUAAACUUCUUAAGGGCAAAUGUCUCUGUGGUCAAUACAUUAAGCGACGCCUAAGACGUUCUGGAUUAUUCAAUAAAAAACUUGGUUUACAAAGGAUAAGAAGUAUAUUGGGCACAUCUUCAAUAUCGGUUGUUCGCGAAGUGUUCCCUGCUCUAAUGAUACUGGGAGAUAAUAUAGAAAGAAUGCACCCCCGCGUUUACACAGGAAUUGCAAGGCAAAUUUGUCGUUCACCUAGUGGCGAUUUCUCCUCAUCAGAAACAGUAGGUAUACUAUUAACUGCUGUAGCACGUGAACUUUUCCGAAUAGAAAUUACUUGGGGUAAAAUAAUAUCGUUGUUUGCUGUUGCUGGAGGUCUUGCUGUAGAUUGCGUCCGACAGGGACAUCUAGAUUAUUUACCAAAACUUGUAGAUGCUGUUUCAGAUGUAAUCGAAGAUGAUUUGGUGUCUUGGAUUAAUGAAAAUGGUGGAUGGAGUGGUCUUAACUUACAUGUGCAUUCAACAAGCUCCGAGUUUUACCUUCUAGAACGUACUACUUACCUGGUAGGCUGCGUCUUUUCAUUAUUUGUUGUAAUCAUAAUUAUUCGUUUUUUUGGAUGUUAUCUACUCCCAAUGAAAUAUUCUGGAACAGGACGAUGAAUAUAAUUCUUGUCAGGAUUUUUUUUAAUAAAGAACCUGUACAGAUUCUAAAAAUAUAAUUUUGAUUAAUAAAUAUGUUUGUAAACUAAUUUUUAAAAGUAUA